CCGGUUUGGGCCUACUUUUUAUUUUCCAGUUACGUUUGAAAUAAUCAGUCAAUCCCAGCUUUGCACUACACUCUGUUGGUCUAUCGCUCAAAAUCCUGACGUAAUAAACCAAAACCUGAGAUUCACUUUACAAAUUGUAAAUAAAUAAUAAAGAUUCCCAUUUCUUUUGCAAAGGACUAAUUCUGACUUACUUUUACAUGGCUUUGUGUUCCAACCGGGAUGGAGCAGAGAUCAUCAUCAUCAUCAUCAUCAUCAUCAUCAUCAUCAUCAUCAUCAUCAUCAUCAUCAUCAUCAUCAUCAUCAUCUAGUCUCAGGCUGUUGGUUAACUGUAAUUAAACUGUUUCCUAAAGAGCAUAGAAGCUGCGGUGCCAACAAAGGUCAGUGGAAAAGGAAAGGCAGCGGCAGAGAGAGGGAGCAGAAGGGGAGGGGAUCAGGAGGAGGAGGAGGGAGGGGAGGCUCACGGAGCCAGGCGGACAGCAGAGGGAGCUUGGACCGGGAACAAUAGAGAGGAACCAAGCCAGCCCAGAAACAGCAAACAAUCCGACAGGGUGACGGAAAGAAAUGAGCCCAGCGGGGCUGAUGGAGGCAGAGGUGAACACGGAGGACAUGUGAAGCUUAGCGAGGCGGCCUCCCUCUCUCUCUCCCUCCCUCUCUCUCUCUCUUUCUCUCUUUCUUUAUCGGUGGAUUGUAUUGAACCGGAUCCGGCAUGAACCCCGCAGAAGCGGCCGAGGAGGCGCCCAGCGACCCCGAUACCGAUGCCUUCUACAAAACAGGCUCCCUCAGGACCGAAGGGAUAAAGGCGUCUGAUGUUUUGCCUGUGCUGAAGGAGAAAGUCGCCUUCGUGUCGGGUGGGCGAGAUAAAAGAGGAGGACCCAUUCUGACAUUUCCUGCCAGGAGCAACCACGACCGAAUAAAACAGGAGGACCUGAGGAGGCUGGUCACCUACCUGUCUACUGUCCCCAGCGAAGACGUCUGUAAACGAGGAUUUACUGUCAUCAUCGACAUGCGAGGAUCAAAGUGGGAGCUGAUCAAGCCUCUGUUGAAGACGCUGCAGGAGUGUUUCCCAGCUGAGAUCUGUGUGGCGCUCAUCAUAAAACCAGACAACUUCUGGCAGAAACAGAAGACCAACUUCGGAAGCGCAAAGUUCUCCUUCGAGACCAGCAUGGUGUCUGUGGAAGGUCUGGCCAAACUGGUGGACCCCUCACAAUUAACUGAAGAUUUUGAAGGCUCUCUGGACUACAACCAUGAGGAAUGGAUAGAGCUGAGGGUGUCGCUAGAGGAGUUCAUGUCCAACGCUGUUCAUCUGCUGUCUAGACUGGAGGACCUUCAGGAACUUCUGUCCAAAAAGGACUUUCCUGCAGAUGUAGAAGGAUCCCGGCGGUUAAUAGAUGAGCACACACAGCUAAAGAAAAAGGUGUUAAAGGCUCCAGUGGAGGACUUGGACCGUGAGGGCCAACGGUUGCUUCAGUGUAUUCGAUCCAGUGAUGGAUUUUCUGGAAGGAACUGCAUCUCAGGUUCUGCUGACUUUCAGAGCCUGGUGCCCAAGGUGGCCAGCCUGCUAGAUAAGCUCCACUCCACCAGGCAGCACCUCCAUCAGAUGUGGCAUGUCAGGAAGCUGAAACUGGACCAGUGCUUCCAGCUGCGCCUGUUUGAGCAGGAUGCUGAGAAGAUGUUCGACUGGAUCAGCCACAACAAGGAGGUGUUUCUGCAGAGCCACACAGAGAUCGGUCGCAGUUACCAACAUGCCGUGGAGCUGCAGACUCAACACAACCACUUCGCCAUGAACUCUAUGAACGCCUACGUAAACAUCAACAGAAUCAUGUCAGUGGCGAGCCGCCUAGCAGAGGCUGGCCACUAUGCGUCUACACAAAUCAAGCAGAUCUCCAGUCAGCUGGACCAGGACUGGAAAAGCUUUGCUGCUGCCCUUGAUGAACGCUCUACUAUCCUUGCCAUGUCCUCGGUCUUUCACCAGAAGGCUGAGCAGUUCCUGUCAGAGGUGGAAGCCUGGUGUAAAGUUUGCAGUGAGGGAGGGUUACCAUCCGAGAUGCAGGAGCUGGAAGUCGCCAUCCAUCGCCACCAGAGCCUGUAUGAGCAGGUAACCCAGGCCUACACCGAGGUGAGUCAAGAUGGCAAAGCUCUGUUGGAUGUCCUGCAGAGACCCCUGAGUCCAGUCAACUCUGACUCCCUAACAGCGACGGCUAAUUACUCUAAAGCGGUUCACUGCAUCCUUGACGUGGUCCAUGAGGUUCUUCACCAUCAGCGGCGCCUGGAAAACAUUUGGCAGCUUCGAAAAGUCCGACUGCACCAGAGGCUACAGCUGUGUGUGUUCCAGCAGGAUGUGCAGCAGGUUUUGGACUGGAUAGAAAACCACGGUGAGGCUUUCCUCAGCAAACACACGGGUGUUGGAAAAUCGCUUCAUCGAGCCCGAGCCCUGCAGAAAAGGCACGAUGACUUUGAAGAUGUAGCCCAGAACACAUACACUAAUGCAGACAAGCUACUGGAGGCGGCGGAGCAGCUGGCACAGACAGGAGAAUGCGACCCGGAGGAAAUUUACAAGGCAGCCAGACACCUGGAGGUGCGCAUCCAGGACUUUGUUCGGCGAGUAGAGCACAGGAAGCUGCUGCUCGACAUGUCUGUCUCCUUCCACACACACACCAAGGAGCUGUGGUCGUGGAUGGAGGAGCUGCAGAAGCAGCUGCUGGAGGACGUGAGUUGCGACUCGGUGGACUCGGUGCAGACUCUGAUCCAACAGUUUCAGCAGCAGCAGACGGCCACGCUGGAGGCGACGCUUAAUGUGAUUAAAGAGGGAGAGGAGUUAAUGCAGCAGCUCAGAGAUGCAGCCAUGUCGACCAGCAAGACGCCACACUGCAGUUCCAUAGCGCACAUCCAGGGGGUGCUGCAGCAGCUGGAUGAGGCCCAGGCCCAGAUGGAGGAGCUGUUCCACGAACGCAAAAUCAAGCUGGACAUUUUUCUGCAGCUGCGCAUCUUUGAGCAGUACACAUUAGAGGUGACAGCCGAGUUAGAUGCCUGGAACGAGGAUCUGUCUCGUCAGCUGAACGACGCCAGCCGUUCAGGAGGCAGCAGCAGCAGCAGCAGCAGCAGCAGCAGCAGCUCCUCCUCAGGCGGCGCCGAGGAUAUAAGCCUGGCAGAGCAGCGGCUCAAACGGCACGCAGAGAGGAAGGCUGCCAUGAACAACAUGAGCUACGAAGUGAUGCAGCAGGGUCAAGACCUCCACCAGUACAUCAUGGAGGUGCAAGCAUCAGGGAUUGAGUUAACGGGGGAGAAGGACAUGGACCUGGCCUCUCAGGUACAGGAGCUGCUUGAGUUCCUCCAUGAGAAGCAGCAGGAGGUAGACAUCAGUGCGCAGCACACACACACACGGCUGGAGCAGACCCUGCAGCUACGCCACCUACAGGCCGAGGUUAAACAGGUACUGGGAUGGAUCCGUAAUGGCGAGUCCAUGCUGAAUGCCAGCAUGGUGAAUGCCAGCUCUCUGUCUGAGGCCGAACAGCUGCAGAGAGAGCAUGAGCAGUUCCAGAUGGCCAUAGAGUCUCUCUUCCAUGCCACCUCCCUCCAGAAGACUCAUCAGAGUGCUCUGCAGGUGCAACAAAAGGCUGAGAUGAUGCUGCAGGCUGGUCACUACGACCCUGAGGCCAUCCGUGGCUGUGCUGAGAAGGUGGCCGUCCACUGGCAGCAGCUGAUGCUGAAGAUGGAGGAUCGCCUGAAGCUUGUCAAUGCUUCCGUGGCCUUCUACAAAACAUCAGAGCAGGUGUGCAGCGUGUUAGAGAGCCUGGAGCAGGAGUACCGCCGGGACGAAGACUGGUGCGGCAGCCACGACAAACUUGGGAGUUCCGUAGAGAGUGACCACCUGCUGCCCCUGAUCAGCAAGCACCUGGAGCAGAAAGAAGCCUUCCUGAAGGCGUGCACGCUGGCUCGGAGGAAUGCCGAGGUGUUCCUGAAAUACAUUCACAGAAACAACGUGAGCACACCUGGAGCUGCAGGCCACGCCAGAGGACCAGAGCAGCAGGUCAAAGCCAUCCUGAACGAGCUGCUGCAGAGGGAGAACCGGGUCCUGCACUUCUGGACAUUGAAGAAACGGAGGCUGGACCAGUGUCAGCAGUACCUGGUGUUUGAACGCAGCGCCAAACAGGCUCUGGACUGGAUCCAGGAGACAGGAGACGUUUACCUGGCCACGCAUUCAUCACCAGGGGGCAGCAGUGAGGAAACACAGCAGCUGCUCAGCGACUACCAUCACUUCAGACUUUCUGCUAAGCAAACCAAGGAGAAGGUGAAGCUUCUGAUCCAGCUGGCAGACAACCUGGUGGAAAAAGGCCACGCCCACGUGUCGGAGCUGAAGCGCUGGGUCAGCACGGUGGACCGCAGGUAUCGGGACUUCUCGCUUCGCAUGGCUAAAUAUCAGGAGAGCCUAGAGAGGAGCCUCGGCGUCAGCUCUGAGGACAAUAAAGACCUGGAGCUGGACAUCAUGCCGGCCAGCUUGACAGACGAGGUCAAACUACGUGAUCCAAACCACGAGGUCAAUGAGGAGAAAAGAAAGUCGGCUAGAAAGAAAGAGUUCAUCAUGGCGGAGCUGCUGCAGACUGAGAAGGCCUACGUCAGGGACCUCCAGGAGUGUCUAGAAACCUACCUGUGGGAGAUGACCAGCGGCGAAGAGGAGAUUCCUCCAGGCAUCGCCAACAAGGAGCAGACUAUUUUUGGCAACAUGCAGGAGAUCUACGACUUCCACAACAAUAUCUUCCUGAAGGAGCUGGUGAACUAUGAGCAGCUUCCAGAAGACGUGGGCCACUGCUUCGUCACCUGGGCCGACAAGUUCCACAUUUAUGUGGACUACUGCAAGAACAAACCCGACUCCAGUCAGCUGGUUCUGGAGCAUGCUGGAAGCUUCUUUGAGGACAUUCAGCAGAGACGUGGGCUGGCAAACACACUCAACUCCUACCUCAUCAAACCAGUCCAGAGGAUCACAAAGUACCAGCUUCUGCUGAAGGAGUUGCUGUCUUGCUGUGAGGAGGGUAAAGGGGAGAUCAAGGACGGUUUGGAGGUGAUGCUCAGCGUUCCUAAGAGAGCCAACGAUGCCAUGCACUUAGCCAUGCUGGAUGGGUUUGAGGAGAACCUGGAGGUGCAGGGUGAGCUGAUCCUCCAGGACAGUUUCCAGGUUUGGGACCCACGCUCGCUAAUCCGUAAGGGUCGGGACCGACACCUUUUCCUGUUUGAGUUUUCAUUGGUCUUCAGCAAAGAGCUCAAAGACUCAGCAGGCAGAACCAAGUACCAAUACAAGAACAGACUACUGACGGCAGAGUUGGGGGUUACAGAGCACAUAGAGGGUGACCCAUGUAAAUUUGCUCUGUGGGCCGGAAGAACCCCCUCUUCUGAUAAUAAAACUGUGCUAAAAGCCUCCAGUAUGGAAGCCAAACAAGAGUGGAUUAAAAACAUCCGUGAGGUGAUCCAGGAGAGGAUGACUCACCUGAAGGGGGCGCUGAAGGAGCCUCUUCAUCUGCCUAAAACACCAGCACUGACCAAGCCCAGGAAUUACACAAAGAGGGAGGGAGGAGAAGACGGAGACAGUCAGGGAGACGGCAGCAGCCAACCAGAUACCAUUUCCAUCGCCUCCAGGACAUCCCAGAACACUGUGGACAGUGACAAGCUCUCUGGUGGAUGUGAGCUGACGGUGGUCCUCCAUGACUUCACAGCAGGAUGCAGCACAGAGCUGUCAAUUAGCACAGGCCAGACCGUGGAGCUGUUGGAGCGACCCACAGAGCGGCCUGGCUGGUGUCUGGUGCGGACCACCGACCGCAGCCCGCCACAGGAAGGACUGGUUCCCAGCUCAGCUCUCUGCGUCUCUCAUUCACGAUCCAGUGUUGAGAUGGACUGCUUCUUCAGUUCAGGGAAAGAAAACUACCAUGUGGGCAGCUCUGACAGAAAGACCGAGUCUGUAGCCAACCUGCAGCCACAGCCGUCCCUCAACUCGCUUCAGUCCAGCUCUCCAGGCCCCAAACGUUCUGGAAACCCUCUGAGAAAAUGGCUGCCCAGUUCAGGACGCAGGCUCAGCUCCGGCAAGAAACCUCCCAGUGCUAAACCCAAGAAGCCAGAACCUGGCUCUGUCAGUGGAAAGGUCAAUGAGCUAUGUCAGCCUGGAAAGGAGGACACAGAAGAGAGAGUGAGGAUUAAGGAUGGAAACCCUCUAUCCAAGUCAUCUCCCGGGAUGCAAAGUGGUGGGGAGGAGGAGCCAGAGCCUGAUGAUGAGCCCCACCUUCCUCUUCCUCCCCCCAUGGAGAUCAUGAAGGACCCUUCAGCUCCAGAAGACAAGUCUUCGUCCUUGUUAACAUCUCUGCAGUCGUCUUCUGACGUCCCCAGUGCUGCAGAGCUGGUUAGCGCCAUAGAGAAACUGGUCAAAACCAAGAUGACUGUGGAACCAUAUCCAGGCUUCACCCCUCCAUCUCCAACGGAACAACACACUCCAGUUCAGCCACGCAACGUUGAACUGGACCAGAAAGCCAAAGCUAUGAGACACAGAACCUUUGUUCUAAACGAGCUCAUUCAGACCGAGAAGGACUACGUCAAAGACCUGGGUACCGUGGUGGAGGGCUUCAUGAAGCGGAUCGAAGAGAAGGGCGUUUCAGAGGACAUGAAGGGAAAAGAGAAAAUAGUAUUUGGGAACAUUCACCGAAUCUAUGACUGGCACAGAGACUUCUUUGUAGGAGAGCUGGAGAAGUGCGUGGAUGACAACGAGCUCCUCCCUGAACUCUUCAUCAAACAUGAGAGAAGACUGCACAUGUAUGUGGUUUACUGUCAGAAUAAACCCAAAUCAGAGUACAUUGUUGCAGAAUAUGACAAAUACUUUGAAGGAAUCCAGCAGGACAUUCAGUCCAAACUGUCCAUCAGUGACUUUCUCAUCAAACCCAUCCAGAGGAUCACCAAGUACCAGCUGCUGCUAAAGGACUACCUGAAGUACAGUGGCAAGGCUGGCAUGGACUGUAAGCAAAUUGAGAAAGCUGUGGACUUGAUGUCUGAGGUUCCUAAACUGUGCAAUGACAUGAUGAAUCUGGGCCGGCUUCAGGGAUACGAGGGGAAUCUGGCCAAUCAGGGCAAACUACUACAGCAGGAAACCUUCUUUGUGACUGAGCAGGAUGGUGGUGUUCUGUCCCGAUCCAAAGAACGCAGAGUCUUCCUCUUUGAGCAAAUUGUCAUCUUCAGCGAGCUACUCAGGAAAGGCUCAUCCACACCUGGCUACCAGUUCAAAAAGAGCAUUAAGGUGACCAACCUGGGUCUAGAGGAGACGGUAGAUAACGACCCCUGCAAGUUUGUUGUGUUCUCUCGUGGCUCGUCAGAGCGUUUCACUCUGCAGGCUGCUAACGUCGACAUCAAGCAGGUGUGGGUCAAACACAUCCAGAACAUCCUGGAUGCGCAGAACGACUUCCUGUCAGCUCUGCAGUCUCCCAUCAUGUUCCAGCAGUGUCAAAACAAAGAGGGCGGCUCCUCUCUGAUCAGACGGCCUUCAUCAUCAGGGAACAGGCAAUCGUCAUCGUCUCACAGCCGGCCAUCCUCAGCCCUGGACUUCAGCGAUAAGGACAUGGAGAGAGGCGAGAGCCCAUUGAAGGUGUCUACCUCCAAUGGCGGCUCCUCUUGCUUUGAGCCCAGCGUGAGUUCCUGCCACGAAGACAGCGGCUGUAACGGUCUCUUCUCCACCAUGCGGGUCACUCAGGACUACUCUGCACUCAAAGAGAACGAGAUCUGUGUCAGUAGAGGAGAUACGGUCCAAGUCCUGGCUACCAAUCAGCAGAAUAUGUACCUGGUUUUCCGGCCAGCCGACAGCCAAUCACCCGAGGCCGAGGGCUGGUUGCCGGGACACGUUCUUGGCCCGUCCACAAAGCCCAUAAAAGACUCUUUCUCAACUUCCUCCUUCCCAGCAGCUGUGGCCGAUGCCAACAACAUCAAGAAGUCUUUGUCAUGGAACACGUUGCGUGCCAGGAAGCGUGCUGAAGCCAGGGAUGGGUCCUUUCUGGGGUUCAGGAGUCACGAGAACAGCCUCCUACGGAAACCCAAAGAUGGCACAGUCUCCCCUCUCCCACUAGCCCUGCCAAGCCCCAGCCAAAAGGCAAAAGAUCUGCACACAUCAGAUGAGUCAGAAAGUGAGGAAGACCUUGACCCAAAGACAGGCAUGGAGCUUCUCAACCCAAACUUCAUCCAGGAAGUUGCCCCGGAGUUCCUGGUACCGCUAUCAGAUGUAGUGUGUGCAUUUGGGGAGACAGUUGUCCUCUGCUGUAAAGUCUGUGGGCGACCCAAACCGGCUGUAACAGUGAAGGGGCCUGACCAAACCCUGGUGACCAGUAACAGCCGCUUCACUAUUGAUAUCAGGGACACUGGUGACAUCUUGUUGAAGAUCUGUAAUUUGAUGCCUCAGGAUACGGGUAUCUACACCUGUGUUGCUGUUAAUGAUCAUGGCUCUGCUUCUUCCUCUGCCUCCAUUAAAGUCCAAGGUAUCCCAGCAGCUCCUGGUAGGCCGCUGGCUCAGGAGGCGAGCAGUACAACAGUGCUGGUCCACUGGCCACCUCUGGCUUCUUCUGCACACUGUGCCAUCACCAGUUAUGCUGUAGAGUACAGGCAGGAAGACUCAUUCCUGUGGCAGCAGGCGGCCAGCUGCAGGGAGGAGUGUGUCCAGGUCGAUAACCUUAUUCCUGGAGGUCACUAUCAAUUCAGAGUUCGAGCCUCCAACCGCUGGGGGGUUGGCCCACCGUCCCAGCCCUCAAAUAUGGUCACACUGGGCACCUGCAACUCUGGGUGUGAUGGAACAGGGAUUCAGUGGAAAGAAAACUUUGGGUCAGCCUUCACUGAAAUUAACGAGAUUGGAAGGGGGCGCUUUUCAGUUGUGAGAAAAUGCUUCAACAAAUCAACGAAGAAAGAGGUUGCGGUGAAGUUUGUGAAUAAGAAGAUGCAGAAGAAAGAGCAGGUAGCUCACGAGGCAGACAUUCUCCGGCAUGUACAGAAUCACCACCUGGUGGCACUGCUUGACACAUACGAAUCUUCUACCUCUCUGAUGCUCAUCCUGGAGCUACUGGAAGAUGGCCGUUUGUUUGAUUAUCUGGUUGCCCACGAUGAGCUGAUGGAAGAGAAAGUGGCAUUUUUUAUCAGAGAAACUUUGGAGGCUCUACAGCAUCUUCAUACCUGCAGGGUGGCACAUCUGGAUCUCAAGCCUGAGAACAUCAUGGUGGAUCUUAGAGCUCCAAUUCCGUCUGUUAAGCUUAUCGACCUUGGCGAUGCUGUUCAACUCUCUGCUAACCGUCGAUAUGUCCACCUUUUACUCGGAAACCCUGAGUUUGCAGCCCCUGAGCUCAUCCGAGGUACACCAGUCGCUAUCGCCACAGAUUUGUGGAGCUUGGGUGUGCUGGCCUAUGUGAUGCUCAGUGGCGUAUCCCCAUUUCUGGAUGAAUCACCAGAGGAAACAUGUGUAAACAUUUGCCGCCUGGACUUCUGUUUCCCAGAUGAAUACUUCCGUCAUGUGAGUCAGGCAGCCAGGGAUUUUGUGUUGUCAGUGCUGCAGGAGGAUCCCAGGAAAAGGCCUAGUGCUACUUCAUGUUUACAACACCCAUGGGUGGGUCGUGGGGGUGCUCAAGGAGGUGAAUACUCCAAGACACCCCUGGACAAAUCAAGGCUGGCCAUGUUCAUAGAACGGAGAAGACAGUUACAUGACGUUCGUCCCAUCACCAACAUCAAGGGUUUGGUGAGCAGCAGUAUGGGCAACACACUGUGAUGGAGAGAAAAAGGAACAUCUAGUCCAUCUGUGAGCACCAACACUAAAAUGUCUUUACUAUUUACUGUCUUAUGGACGUAUGAGUGGAAUAGUUCCUAUGUGGUCCAACAUUCAUUUUCCUUGGUUCUGAAUGUGGCUUGACAACUGUUAUUUACUGCACACCCUGUUAAUUUAUUAUCAUACACCCAUGAUAACUCAAAUCAUAUCCGCCAUGUAGAAAGACAACAUGGAGACACGCUUUGGAAUCUUGAAACAGAAGGAGUUGCAUCUUAGUCAACAUGUUGAUAAUCACACCAAGAUUUACACCUUUUAUACAUAUAGCAAAAAGGCUAAAGUUGUUUUUCAUGUAAACUGUUUGCAUCUUAAGCCCUGUUCGCACAGGAUUAGUUUUACCUAGGGACCACACGGGAUUUAUAACAAUUACGGAGAUUGUCUGUGAUUUUAAUCCUGUGCGAAUCGCCAUGUCAGUCAUUUGUAAAGUGAAAAUUCCUCCACAAAUGACCUACUAUAUUUUGCUAAACUCUGAGGCCCUGUGAUAAUAAUAAUCCAUUGCAAAUGGGCAUUUGUGUGAUUUGGGCUGAGCUGGGUGCCAUCAAAUACGUGAUUUGGCAGUUUUUGUUUCCUGGGCACAUUUUUAUUUGCUUUUUGUGAAGAAUGGAGGCUGAGUUAGAAUGUUUUGAAAAUGUUGUGUGUCCCAGACCACCAAGACUAUAUCGGUCCACAAAGUACAGGAUUACACAAAAAAAGGCUGAAGAGAAGGAACAAUUUCAGAUGCAAAAGGUGGAUCUGUAUACAGAUUCUGUGAACAGAACUCUCGUGUCCAGUGCCUGUCCUCUUCUUAGAGACCUCCAUCUUCAACACAGAAUGCACGCUUUUACGCAAUUUGCAGUGUGUUAACAUCUUAUCCAGGAUGUCUGUAAAUUUCAGCAAAAUCUCAGGCUUCGGUUAUCCAGUGCGAAUGCGCCACUUAAAAAGCUGACAGAGGGGGAUAAGUUAUUCAUUACAGGAGGUUCCUAGAUAAAACUAAUCCUGUGAGAAAAGGGCUUUACAGAAAACAUGAAACUUUGACACGUCAAAAAGAAUCCUGUACACUUUUAUUAUUCCCCGUGGUACAGAUGUGUGAAAUAAACAAAAACUAAAGAACUGCAGUAGAAAAAUGUCACAAUGAACAAUCAUUACAUUAUAUUAUUGUACAUUGUUCCAAUUAUUCAAAGGGGGAAAAUAAGCAAUAAGAAAAAAACAGUUGAGCAAAAUUCCUGAUGGCACAGUUAUUGUUACCCUUACUGUUAAUAUAACCCUGUCACAACUAAUCAUCCAUACGCUGUUGUAGUUCUUUAACUGGGUGGAUGAAGCUGAUAACUGAGAUUUUUCUCUAACCAACAGUCAAGAUGGCGGCCACAUUGGAGCGAUGUGUCCUGAAUGAGCUGGCUAUAUCUUUAAAACCUCAAGAACUGGCUGCUCUAAGUGCUAAAGCAGUGUGUUGCUUAAUAACCUAUUUCUGCUACAGCCUGGCCAGUCAGACUGACCUACAUCGUAUACAAUAUGGUAUCAGUCUAAAAAGGAGUCGGUAGAGUCCGAUUUCAAAAGCGGGUCUAACAGGGUCAACAUCUACAGGUUAUAGAACCAAUCAGAUAACUACGGAUGUGAUGGAAAAAACUCUAAGUGACGUGCUUUGUAGUCCGUGAAAAAAAAUCUGAGGAUACAUGUUGUAUUCGCAUGUACUUUCUUAAUUUUUCAAGACACCACCGCUGCAUUAUGGGUAAUUCUGGUACUGAGAUUGACGCAGCGUAAAGUCUCGCCUCCUGCACUGUGAUUGGUCCGGUCUGUUUCAGCCUGGACAGUAUGGAGCCGUACCAGACUGACAUGUGCUCCAUGUAAGUCAGUCUGGCUGGCCAGGCUAUUUCUGCUGACCCUGUUAGUCUGGCCUUUGAAACUGGGCUCUACCACUGCUUUCCAGACUGAUAUACCGUGUUUACGGGGUAAGUAGGCCAUGCUCAGGACCACUGGGAGGAGCCAGAGGACCUGGAUUUUUUUCACUGAUUAUCUGUCUCAUAAUUUACUGUCAGGACAUAGUGACAGUUUUAACAAAUAUGUAAAAAAAUACAUUUAUACAAAAGUUACCCUCUACAGCUUCAAGGAAACUAUAAUUAUUUUUGUUCAUUAAUGACUACAUCUGAAAAGGAGUGGAAAGCAAUGUUUUUAUUCUGUUAGAUGGUAGAGCCCCUGGACUCUUUGUGACCGUCUCUUUCAGUGUUAAAGAACAUGUUUUCACAAACUGACCAAUGUAAGAUAUAGAUUUAUUUUGUUAGAAUUAUUGAAGUUAAAUGAAAGCAGGUCCAUCAGAAAUGCAUUUUCUGUAUUAUUUAGAAGAUUUUGUCAUCCACAAUGUGGUAAAAAAAAACUACACACAACUACAGUUCAGACAGUUUAACAUUAGAUGUUUGUGUACUUCUGUAUAGGCUUCUGUACGACUCUGUACCUCUAAGUGUAGUUAUGAAUGUGAAGAUCUUGUUCCCUUUGACACUGUGUAAAGAUAAAAAUGGCGCCUUUUUGAGCAGCUGGACUAUACAGCAGCAAAGUUUAGGGCCCAUAAUCCUGGAAUUCACACAGAGGACCACUGGAUCAAAUGCAAGGAAAGGAAACAUGACACCUCGGUUCAUUUUACUGUUUACAAAGAUGAUUGUGAAGAAUUGGGGUCUGUAGUUUACAGAACAGCAGAACUAUCAGGGAUGCUCUGAAUCUAAAAUUACCUGGGAUGGGUUUAAAACCAGGUUACAGAUGUGUCUGUUUCAGGAAACUAAAUCAUUCAGUAAACAGGUAGAAACAUUUUCACACUGUAGUUGUGAUGAUGUCAUCACUUAGCAGAUCUUUAAAGCAGAUGUUUGCUGCUCUGUUUCAAGUUAAUAAUGAAUGUAUUUCUUAAAGUAUUGUGUUGUCAUAGACCAAUGUCCCUACAUCACCAGUACCUUAGUAAGCAUUCAGACUGCUGCAGUAAAAAGCCUUCAUUUCCAAACAGAUUUGGCAGUUGUACGAUUGUAAGCAACCCAAGAUUUUCCCGAUGUUAACAACCACUAAAAUGUGUUGUUUUUUUUAGUGCUGGUAUAAAAAUGCCUUUUCAGAGCUCUGACAGUGCUGGUGGAUUUUGGCCAAAUGUGAUCAGCACUGUUACAUUUACAGUAGACCAUCUAGCCACAUUUCAUCAUGUUCAAUGAGACACAGCAGCGUUGAUUAUUUGGUAGUAAACCAUGAAACAUUGUCUGCUUUUUAUAUGCCGAUAAAUUGUGACUCCCCAUUCUUUGAGUCACUUUCCAGAAACAUCCAAUAAUAAUGAAAGGUGCAAGCAGUAACACUCAGUACUCACACCUACACAUGCUUUUAAGAGCGCCGUAGUCAAGGGAUGUCAGUGAGAAAACACCCAGCAUUUACAUGCAUGGAUGAUCUGGGCUUUAAAAGUGUAGCAUUGAUAGAAUACAUUAAAUUGUAUUCUUUUAAAUAAAUAAGUCAGCAGAAUUAUCUGUCUUGAAAGAGAAAUUCUGUCUUUCCAACUAAACAAAUUCCACCUGAGUUCAAAAAGCAAGGAGAUUGUAUUUAUUACUCAGAUUAAGAUCUGUUUUACAUUCAUCAAAAAUAAACCUAAAUCAAUUAUUGAUAGGAAAACAGUUUGGAAAAGGUACGUAACGUGAGCAAGAAUUAUAUUUAUUACGCAUCAAGCUAAUGUCUACUUCUAAAUGAUUUAAGUCAAAAUAAAAGAAGAACUCAGCCAAAUAUGAAACAACAUGCAAAGAUAAUACUACUCUAGAAACAACACAUAAUGCUGAAAAAUAUAUAACUAUACUUGACAUUGAACAUAUUAUCUGAGCGAAUCAAGUCUUACUUUCAUCAAAUAUUCAUCAGUCUUUCAGGAGUUUAAAACAGGACUUGUAGCCCAAUUAUCCAGCAUUAAAAGGAUUCAGAGUUUCAGAAUUACCUUUACUCUCUCAGCAUCUCAUAGCAGCAAGAGUAGCAGUCGUGGGUUAGAUGCAGCUUCUUAUCUUCUCUGAACCAUUUGUGUUUCAGAUCAUGGGGUUCCAUCACCUCUGACAUCUCUCCCAGCUUUUCUCCUCCAGCAGCUUUUUUGUUCCUGGGACCCACUGAUAAAAUACUGGUUUCUGACACAGGUCUUUUUGAUAUCUUGACAAUUUCUCAGAGUGGAUUUGAAACCAGGUUAUGUCCGAGGAUAACAUUUAGACAAUAUGCCAUAAAACAUGACAAUUACUUUUAGGCUCCAAGUUAGAUUUAGAUUUAAAGAUAUUUUAAUUCAGCCAAGAAGUGUGCUAUAGAUUGGAAAUAACUCUGUAAUCUCCCAAAAGAUCGUUUUUGUGGAGCAUCACGUUUACAUUUUAACAUGUUAAUUAUUUAAACCCUUAUCAAUAUCUGAUGGAAACAUCUUUAUCAGUACCAUAGCAAUCAAACACCUUUUAAAAUAGCUUUUUAAAAUGUUGGUUUUGGUCUCCACUGAUGUUUCUGACCAUCUUUUGCUGAGUUAACAAGUCUUAAACAAAGUCUCAACGUACAGCAAGGACAAGUUAAAGAGCCUCAAAGAGAAGUAGAUAAAGUUAAAGGUCAGAUCUGAGUCUAGCAUCAAGUGUGCACAACCCACGGCACAAAUUCUACCUUCAUUUAUUAAAUAUAGAGCUGAAGCAGAAAUGUUUUCAAAAUAUGACCACACCCAAAAAUACUAAACCUGUGAUUAAGAGUUUAGUUCCUUAAGAGUCUAAAGUGGGUAAACUUUCUUUGUACCGUGACUUUACAGAUGUCCUCACUGACAGAUGUUAGGGUAAAGAGUAAAAAACAUUUCCGGUACCAGCUAGGAAUAAUUGAAAACAUUGGAUUUAUUUCCCCUUUUUUGGCUGCAGACUUACAAUUUGCUGUGAGUUGGCUGCCAUUUUAGUUUGGAAGGAUUCCUGUACCACUACGUGGAGCAUUGACUGAGUGAAUGUUAAAUGAACCAUGUGAAAGAAUGGACCUCACGCUCAGUUAAAACAACUGCCUUAAUAUAAGCAUCCACCGAUAUCAGUCUAAUGAGAUCUCAAAUGCAUAUGAGGAGCCCCAAAUCAGCUUUUCUUGAAAAGACAGAGUCUUAAGGAUGAACAGGCUAUCAACUGUACAACAUACUAAAGUCACUGAUAAGCUUAUUUUUUGCAUGCUUGGUCAUAGAACUUUAUUAUUUGAAACUAGCCAGAGAACCACAGAGAGCAUAGUUCUGCAUCUCAGGACCUGUUUGCAUGUUAACUUGCCUUAGUAUCACCGCUGGGCUUCUCAAAAACAUGCAGAUGUGACGUUGUCACUUUUAUUAAUGAAUAUAUAAUCAGUCAAUGUCAACAAAAAUGUCAGGAUGGAUACUUUUCUCAGGACAGGUGAUAAGCUAGUUUAUUUAUAUAUAUUAGUGUUGCUCGUUUGACCAGUUCCAACCACUGUCCUGGACGGUGCUUUUGCUCUUCUCUGUCCAGUAGAUACUUACUUUCCAAGCCUUUUAAUCAACUUGUUUAUUUCCUGAUUUCACUGAUACUAACGUUUACUCUGUGUGACUGCUAUUGUUAGACAUACAGAUCUAAAUCUAACAAUCAAAUGUCACACAGUGAAACCUCCAUCAUUGCCAAAUACUGUCUGCUUUUAUCUGUGCACAGACUCUGAACUACGGAUAAUGUGUUUCCACUUACCUAUGCCAGCUCUACCAGUCAACAGUUUGAACACACCUGUGUCAUUCAAUAGCUUUUCCUUUUACUAUUCCUAUUACUUUCUACAGUGUAGACAAAUAGUGAAGACAUCAAAACUAUGAAGCAAAAUAUAUAGGAUGAUGUAGCAAAGAAAAAAGUUAGAUAACUCAAAAAGUCUUUUAUAUUCUAGAUGAAUCAGAAUGGCCCUUCUUUGUUUUGAAUACUGCUUUUCCCACUUUUGGCAUUCUCUCAGGGAGCUUCAGGAGGUUUUCACCUGAAAUGCUCUCUCAGCAGUCCUGAAGGAGGUCCCAGUGGUAGGGAUAAAAACAGAAACAAACCCUUAAAUAAGGUGUCUCCAAACCUUUGACUGGUGAUGUAUGAGAACGUCUAAGGUGUAAAACUGCAUGUUAAAAAUUUUUUUAUUACAGUCACAACUGAAUGCCAAUCACUUUGCUGUAAUCCAUACGUAACAUGUCUAAGUCAGAAAGCUGACGAGCUAAGAUAAGCCACAUGCAGUAAAUGCACCCCAUUUUAUCUGUCCUUUAAUUAGUACCAAAAAUAACAUUACAAAAGAAAACAACAAGCAACUUAAAUAUAACAGGAACUUCAAGCAGAACUUAGAAGCCAAGAUGGCUUCCAUCAACACUGCUUGCUGUUUGCAAUGCCUUUACUUUAUCUAAUAAAAGUGCAUUUACCAUCCAAUAAAAUGUAGAAUGUUGUCUUGUUAGCAGAUAACCUUAAAACAUUGAAGGACACUGAGGUAGGAACACGAGGAGUAAUGAUAAGGAAAUCUAAUGUGAUUUGUUUCACCAGAAAUGACUGAAAGCGUUGCAGCUAUGGUUCUAAUUGGUUCCUGCAGCACACAAGGCAUUCAUCCACUCUGAAAGAGCUUGGGCCCUUUUAAUGUAUCAUAGCACUCAGGGUCUUGAUGGGAUAAACUGUUAAAUCUAGCCUAGAAUAUUUAAGUUAUUUUAAAAAUCAGUGUAGUUCAAGUUGUCUCCUUGUGACAAACUUGUAUAAAUCACUAGACAACUGGUCCAAACAUUUGACACUUUCAGUCAUUUUAUUACUGAUUAUGAGAAAGCCUGUUCAACAAACCUGUUUACCUUCUUUAGCAAACUGAACUAUUGAUAAAUCUCCUAUCCCACAAUGCAUUGUUCAUAACUUGUUAUACCAUGCAGGAGUGUGCUGGCUAAACCUUGUUAAAUGCUGUGUUCAUUCUGAGCUUCGUAGAGAAACAUGCUGAUGCUGUGUGAUGCACUUGUGUACAGGCUUCCUGCUCCAAAUGACCUGCUGGUUUGCUACUCUUUACAAAUAAACAACCCACCUGUUUGUAUAUA